UAGAAGACGAGGAUAGUUAAGGUGGCGAAAAGAAAUACAGGCUGAAUGAAUAACAUAACGCGCACAUGCCAUUCUAAGUAGGUUACUUCACUACUGAAACAGAAGAAUAUCGCAAACAGCCGUUCUUUGCACUAAAGUGAUCUAGGUAGCUUUUCUUUUUCCUAUACUGUAAUGUAAUACUAUUUGCUAGAUAUGUAACCCACAUGAUACCUUAAACUACCUAGUCAGCAGUAUGUGGUUUUAUUGUUUUUAUUUCAUUACUUAACCUGCUGUUGGUUACUUGAAUUCGUGCGUUUUUAUUACAUUCUUUUACAGGUCUUGUUUUUUUUUCGGAUUAGCCACUGCUACGUUACGUUGCUGAAUCCAUGAUAAACCACAGUUCGUUAUGUCGGCAGUGACAUUUAGCUGUAUCUUUUGGUACCUGAACAAUAUUAAGACAUCCCGUUCUUUUUAAGUCACACAAAUUAUCAUACUACAGACGAUCAUAAACUGUAUGUCGUGGGACCUUUUGCAUUUCAUUUAUUCUCUCGGCACGAAAUGAGAGCAAUGUCAUUGUUAUAGCGUCGAGGUCAUACGUCUCAUUAAAAAAAUAAAUAAAAUCAUUUUAUGUAAUGAUUAAUCAGUAGUGUAAAAAUGCGUGAAUAUGCAGUCUUUGUGAAGUCUUUUUUGAUACAUGUUGAGCGAACAUUUAUUAGCACAUUAUAAGCUACUAUAAACAUAUUUCACUUUGAAUCUAAUAAUCGGAAAUAUAUAACUGGUUGAAGGAGAAUAGGGUUUACUUCUUUUCUCUCGACUUAUUCUAUAUUAUUUUAUUUUAACAUUAUUAUGCAUUUUAUGUACUGCAAAGAACCGAAACCACUUUGGAUGUAUUAUAGCAAAGAAGAAGAGGAAACUGAAAGAAAUAACACUGAGAUUGGAGUUUUUGGCCUCCUGGCAGCCAAAAUCCAGCAAGUGGAAUGAAAUAGCAGCAAACUGGGAACAAAGUAGAGUAGUAUCAGAACAGAAAAGGGGGUUCAUUUUGAAAUGUAUCCACAUGAAGUAUCUGUUUCUGGAGGAGGUUAAAGCGAAGAGGUCAUCUUCCCAGCUCAGCUCAGAAUCAAGCAUCCUCACUGCCUUGCAGCAGAAGUGGAUGUCACUGUUGAAUCUACCUCCUUUGCUUUCUGUUAAUUUUCCUAAAAAUGGUGGUAUUUGCCUACCAUAUUGGCAGAAAGCCGAUGCCUGGAGUAAAAUCGCAGCCUGGUUUUGGGACGACAGGGGGAUCCACAAUGGGAGGCAAUGUCAGGAGGAAGUGGCUCUGCAGGAAACGUUAAUGGAGUUCAUGAGUUCAUGGAGAAGGUCAUGAGCUCAGCCUAACUCUGACUCAACCUCUUAGGCAUUCUGCUAAUGGAGUCUGAAGGUGGGAACUUAGAGGAAAUGGAGGAGGUCCGUCUAAAGAAACGAAAGCGCAGGAGGCACGUUGUCAAGGAAAUGAGGAAAGAAGAUGGGGAAAUAGUCAAAAAAAGGCGUGGCCGACCCCCAGCAGAAAAGUUCCCCCCUAACCCUCCAAAACUUACCAAGCAGAUGAAUGCCAUUGUGGAGACUGUCAUUAACUACAAAGAUGGGUCUGGCCGAAAACUCAGUGAAGUUUUUGUCCGGUUGCCCUCCAGAAAAGAACUGCCGGAAUACUAUGAGCUGAUAAGAAAGCCUGUGGACUUCAGAAAGAUAAAGGAACGUGUCCGUAACCACAAGUACAGAAGCGUGGAAGAUCUGGAGGAAGAUGUCAUGCUUCUCUGCCAUAAUGCUCAAACUUUCAACCUGGAGGGAUCCCAGGUCUAUGAGGACUCAAUCGUCCUUCAGUCAGUGUUUCGGAGUGCCAGACAGAAGAUAACGAGUGAGGUAGAGAACAAAGAUGAGAGCACUGCUGAUGAUGAAGAGGAGCCUGAUUCAAAAGCUAUGAAGGUGAAUAUAAAACCUGAUGAAAGUGACCACGACAAGGACAAAAAACAUCAAAAUCGGGCGAGUGCCAAGCUGGUCGUUAGUGAUGACGAGAGUGAAGAUCAAGAUGAUAACAUAGGACUAGUAUGAGAAAAUAAUCUAAAGAUGCUUGGAACAGAGAUGAGUGAAGAAGAGAAGAGCUGAUGCACAACUUUUUACUAUGUUUCUUCAGUUGUUUGAUUUUCUGUCUCUUUUGCGUCUUUUUUAAUCCCUUUCUCCCUCGGCCAGCUUUAACAAAAAAAUCACUGUGGAGAGCCUUCCGACACCGAUCACCCCUCCUCAUUACUAACACAAUGGAGAGAGCCACUACUUCUAUGUGUAUGUUAACUAGUUGCCAAGCAAAUAUUAAAACAUCCCCAAACAACAGGAUCUGGGCUGUAAUAAUCAAAACAAUCAAAUACAGAAUUAUAAAAAGCAUGAUAAAAAAGGUUUACUAUUUUAAAAAAGUUAAUUUAAUAUUUCAAUAAAAAGUAUAACAAAUAUAAUCAUUAUAUUUGUAGCAGUUUAUUUACUCACAAUUCAUUAAAAUCAACUUAAAUGAUAAAGGCAAUUCUAAUGCUGAAGUGGAGAUUUUUUAGCGAGGCUGUCGGUUUUCUAUGACCUUAUGGAGUUGUUAAUACAUCACUAUUCUUUUGGUAAACAAGGAAUAACAAAAUUUCAAAACAUUGAUUUUUAAAUUAAAUUUGCUAAUUUGCUAAAUUGAAUAUAGUAUUAUUCUGUCCAUGUAAUUAUGUACACAGUCAUAAAGCACAUUAAGUUGUAUGUCUUGCAAGCUUUCCCAGGGCUGUGAAUAAAAAGUUUUGUUCAAAUUACAUUUAGCUAGGUGACGACAAUUUAUCUACUGUAUCCAAUUAACAAGCAGUGAUUGUGUAACCAUAAAGCCUUGCCACUACUGUUUUGUAUUUUUAUACAUUUAAAACUUCUACAUGAGUUAAUGGGUAGUGAGAUUUUCAGUUUAGUGGUUUUAUUAAGUUAUGCAGUUCCUAUAUUUUUCCAGAAUUUUACAUUUUAUAUUUUUCCAUAAUGAUUUCAUAUUCCAUAAUGAUUUAACAUUCCUCAAAAUGUAUUACAUUUUACUUGGAGACAAUGUUAAAAAUCUUCACUGGCCAGUAAUGGAGAAUUUGGAUCAUGAUUGUUAUUAAAUUGCUGUUACUAACACAAUUUUGGAGGAGUGAUGAAGGCCUUAAUUUUAUUUACAGAAUAUUUAAAGAAUAUAAAUAAAACAACACAUGACAACCUUCCUGUAGUGUUUUAAGACAGCGUUUCUCAAACUUAUUUGUCCUGGGGACCAGUCAUGUCAGGCUUUGGGGCUGCAGGGCCCUGCAUAAACGACCCCCCCAUGGAUGCAAAUCCGCAUAGAUAGAUAGAUAGACAGAUAGAUAGAUAGUAUUACUAUAGAUAGAUAGUAUUACUAUUAUUAUUAUUGUUAUUAUUAUAUCUGACCUGAUCUUACUGAAUUUUGAUUGGUGCAAAAGCGAAGCUCCAUGGGCCGGCAGGAACCCCUUGAGAAACGCUGUUUUAAGGCACGUUUUCCAUUCUGCAUCACUUUAAUUAUUUUCAGUGUGACAUAUAAUUAGCUCUUUUACAUUUUGUGGCUUCGUGUUUGAAUUAUAUUCAUCCUAAAGGCACAUCUGGUUAUUAUACAUGCAGUUUAAUCCGACUUAAACAUAUCUUGUACAGUAUGAGGGAUAAGUCACCUUCUCCUGAAGUGUACUUAAUUAGUCUUUGGGGGUAAGUUGUAGCCCGAGGCCAAAAAAAAGAAGAAAAAAAAAAAACAAAAUUGAUUCUGAUUGCAUGUGAUGUGUGUUCUGUAACUGUUAAACUUACAUUUUGAAGUUAAAUUGUCUGAAGUACUGCAGGUAUACUUUGCAUUAUAUUUGUUUACUUACAAUAUUUUGUAUGUGAAAUAUUAUAAAUACAUGCAAGUUUACACUGUGGAUAUUAAGAACAUGUUAUUUCAGAUAAUAUGUAAAAAUGUUUGUGCUUUAUCGUUCUAUUCUUCUUGAAAUUAUAAUGUCAAGUUAGUACUUGAAAGCAUCAUAUCUAUAUGGCACAUUCUAAAAUAAUUUGUUUUUUCUGCAAUGAAUGUCUUACAAACUCUGAUCCAUAUUAUAACAAUGCUAUUUUUAAAAUGAUUCAAAGCAUACAAAACAGAAGCUGAAGAUCAAGCUAAUUUUUUCUUUGCUUACAUGAAACAUCUGGCUAUCAAUGCUUGAUUGAUUAUGCUGAUAUACGUUGUUCUUAUUUUCAGGUUGUUAAGAGAGUAACUUAUGUGAUUUUUCCACUAUUUGACUGUACCAGAAUGUACCAAGAAGUUGUUUCUGAUUCUUUUUAUGUGACAUACAAUGGCUCUGCUCUAUAUCAUUACCAGAGGCCACCUUGAUUGGGGCUAUUUUGAUUUUUCAAAAAGGUAGGCCUAGUUUUCUUUAAAUGUUGUGUGAUUAUUAGUGAAUUUAAAAAUCUCAUGUUAUUAAAUGAUACAAGCCCAAACAUUUUUAAACAUUUAUCUAAUACUUCAUAAUCUAGCUGUUCUUUGAGCAUUUGAAGACUGAUUGUUAUGGUACAGAUGCUCCUCUACUUGUGAACUUUCAACUUACAAACUUUCAGACAUAUGAACAAAAGGACUGUGAAUCCAGAUUGUGUUCACUGGGCUCCCAUUUCCUGUCUGUAACAUCAAUUUUUUUUUUCUGCUCGCCAAUUCCACCUAGUACGACUUCUGGUCACUACGCCUGGCGCGCAGCAGCGUAGCAUACAUACUCCCAGCAUCCUAGUUCUUUGUACUUGUGUAUACCCUUAAAAUGAUGUUGAUUAACAACUUACAAACAUUUCAAAUUACGAACGCCCGCUCAGAACGUAUCUCAUUCGUAAUUAGAGGAGCGUCUGUAUUUACUUAAUGGUAUUUUAAGUUUAUGCUGUGAGAUUUGUUAGAAUUUCAGAAAAUACAAAAACCAGAAAACCAAGAAGUUAGACCUGUGACAGCCUUUUUAAUACGUCAUCACCAUCAUCUGGAAAUGUGAUUGUAAUGUAAAAAAACUAGUCUACUCUUGUUGAGCCUUGGUCAUACUCAGCAUGGUAGUGGGGAAACUGCAUUAGGGAUAGUAAUUUGGAUUAAGAAUGGAUUCAUCUUGACUGUGAUAUGUUUUUCUUUCUGUAUUGAACUUAACGACACGCAGAAAGGUUUAAACUGAAUCUUUCUUGAAACUGACUUUGACUAGCAUUGAUUUCCUACAAGGGCCAUUGUGAAAAAACAUGACUACCUUAGGGAAAUAUGGUGGCAUGUAAGAGGGGACCAAACAAUAUUUAUAAAAUAUAAAAUUCAUGUACUUUAAAAUUAUAUGUAAUGAGACAAAAUAAACAUAGAUUACACUAAAGCGUUAUAUAUAAAAUAUGCAAUUCCCUUCACAUGUUACCUGACACUGAACAGGAUGUACUGAGAAUCAAACAAUAAUAUAAACUCAUAGAGCAAUGCUUUUCAAAGUGCAGUUCAAAAUCUUAUUAAAAAGACAACAACUAUAUUGCAAAUGGUACUAUUGCUAUCAUGUCUUAGGUAAAACAGAAAGCUGUUUCUGCCAAAUGACCCUGUAUGAUGACAGUAUAUUUUGCUGAGGAAAUCUUUGCACAUUUUUAAUCACUGUAACUCUGCUACAGCUUUUAUUGACAAUAAAUGUUGGAACCCUAUAGCACUGUAUUCAGCACAAAAAUGAGAUACUCUGACCUAUUUCACAAUAUAUGCGGUCUAAUCUUUUACAGCUGGGACAGACCUAUGAUUCUUUCUGGUGGAAAAAUUUGAACACUAGGCACCUAAUUACUCUUCCAGAAGCUAUAGCCAUGGCAAUUUAAAUCCUUGAUUACAAGGAUUAAGCUUGUCGCAUUUUGUUGAAUGUCUUCACUGGGCUUCAUUUGACAUAAUGUGUAUCUGGACAAGUCUGUCUGUAUCUGGUGGAAUCAUAUACUAAAGCAAGUAUAUGGAAAGCCUGUGAUAGCCAUCGAGUGAACUUGGGACCCUUCAAUAAGAAAAGGAAUUACGGUUCACUGACUUAAAUUCAGAACUUUUUAGGGUAAUCCAAUUUUAACAUAUGCUAUUAAUUAUUAGCCACAGCAGCCUCAGAUGUUCCCCAUUGUGUGAUACCCAUUGUUGCUUUGCCGUAUGUCUGAUGGAAUGGUAAAAUGUGAAAAAGAAUGUUAUCCGGAAUAGAUUAACUUGUAAAAAAUGUAAACAGAACUCUAGAACUCUGUAACUGUUUAGAACUCUAUAAGCUUUCUAACAUGCAUAUGCUUGAUGAUUUCUUUAAAAAUAUUUGUACCUCA